CACGAGGGGGAGAGGAGGUGCGUGCUGCUUCGGGUGGCCUCUCCAUCCCGGCGAACACCUUUCGGACGCACGGAUGAGGAUGAUGAUGAUGGACGCUCGGUGCCCGCUCCUGCUGCUCCUGGUUCUCCUCGCCAUUGCGGGAGGUGGCCUCGCUGCAGACACAGAGGAACGGUUGGUGGAAUAUCUUCUAAACCCCGCACACUACAAUAAACUGAUUCGUCCUGCGACCAAUGGUUCCGAGUUGGUGACUGUGCAGCUGAUGGUGUCGUUGGCCCAACUCAUCAGUGUGCAUGAGAGAGAACAAGUGAUGACCACCAACGUCUGGUUGACACAGGAGUGGCAGGACUACAGACUGACGUGGGUCCCUGAGGAGUUUGAUGGGAUGAUGAAGGUCAGACUACCUUCAAAGCACAUCUGGCUGCCUGAUGUGGUUCUCUACAACAAUGCUGAUGGUGUGUAUGAGGUAUCGUUCUAUUCUAAUGCAGUGGUGUCCUACGAUGGCAGUAUCUUCUGGUUGCCUCCAGCUAUUUAUAAAUCAGCCUGUAAGAUCGAAGUGAAGCACUUCCCAUUUGACCAGCAGAACUGCACGCUGCGUUUCCGCUCCUGGACUUACGAUCGCACUGAAAUUGACCUGGUGCUCCGAGCUGAUGUGGCCAGCAUGGAUGACUUCACGCCCAGCGGCGAGUGGGACAUCAUUGCCCUUCCCGGCCGACGAAACGAGAAUCCGGCUGAUCCUGCUUACGUGGACAUCACAUAUGACUUCAUCAUCCGUAGGAAACCUCUUUUUUACACCAUUAACCUCAUCAUUCCAUGUGUCCUCAUCACCUCUCUGGCCAUUCUGGUGUUCUACCUUCCUUCUGACUGCGGAGAGAAGAUGACGCUGUGCAUCUCUGUGCUGCUGGCGCUCACUGUGUUCCUGUUGCUUAUCUCCAAAAUCGUUCCACCUACAUCGCUAGAUGUUCCCCUCGUUGGGAAGUACCUGAUGUUCACCAUGGUUCUGGUCACCUUCUCUAUCGUCACCAGUGUUUGUGUUCUCAACGUGCACCACCGUUCGCCCACCACGCAUACCAUGCCCCCCUGGGUCAAGCUGGUGUUUCUGAACAAGCUUCCCGCCCUUCUCUUCAUGCGGCAGCCCAGGAAUAGCUGUGAACGCCAGCGGCUGCGACAAAGGAGGAGGGCCCAGGAGCAAAAGGAAGGGGGCCGGAGCAGGGAGGCUGGGGCUUUGAUGGUCAGCCUUGGGUUGGGUGGUGGUGAGGGGAACGGAGGAGGAACCUCCACAGGGGUGUUCAGCAAGGAGGACGGUGACCCUUGUACCUGUUACGUGAAUCGGGCAUCCGUCAAACAGUUCGGAGGUGAUCUUGGGGGUGCAGGAGGAGGGUCCAUGGACGGGCUGAACAGAGCGAGGGAGGGACAUGAGGCGAGCUCAGGAAACUUGCCACGGGGGAAGCAGGCUGCAGGAGGUCCCGGACUGACACAGGCUUUGCUGGCACAAGCCUGUCCGGGCUUUGAGGAUGCUGUGGAAGGAGUACGUUUCAUCGCCAACCACAUGAAGAGCGAGGAUGAUGACCAGAGUGUGAGCGAAGACUGGAAGUAUGUUGCCAUGGUCAUCGAUCGACUUUUCCUGUGGAUCUUUGUAUUUGUGUGCGUGUUUGGAACAAUGGGCAUGUUUAUGCAGCCGCUCUUCCAGAAUUACACAGUCAAAACCAUCACCAGCACGCCAGGCUGACCGAACCUGGGCCACCAACAAACUGAUGGACAGCUCCCCCAACCAAUCAGCACAGCAAAACAAGGCCAGAUUGGGGGGCGGUGUUUGGGUAUAACUGUAACCAAGACUGAAACUCAGCAGCAAUCACACCCAUUACCUUUCUAGUAAUGUCUUUUGCAAAGAACAUGUAUUUCUUGUAAGAAGGAA